AUGCCGCGCGAGAUCAUCACAUUGCAGGUGGGGCAAUGUGGCAAUCAGAUUGGCGCAGAGUUCUGGAAACUCUUGUGUGCAGAGCAUGGAAUCAGCCAGCGAGGCAUUCUCGAAGACUUUGCUACUGCGGGAGAUGAUCGGAAGGAUGUGUUUUUCUACCAAGCUGACGAUGAGCACUACAUUCCUAGAGCGUUGCUCCUGGACAUGGAACCUAGAGUGAUCAACGUUAUUCAAACCUCUGAAUAUGCAGAGUUGUACAACCCUGAGAACGUGUUUAUCUCCAAAGAUGGUGGAGGUGCUGGCAACAACUGGGCCAAAGGCUACAGCAUGGCCGAAAAGGUCCAAGAGGAGGUCUUUGACAUGGUGGACCGGGAGGCUGAUGGCAGUGAUAGUUUAGAAGGUUUUGUCCUCAUCCACUCUAUUGCUGGUGGAACUGGAAGUGGCAUGGGAUCCUUUUUGCUUGAAGCAAUCAAUGACCGGUAUCCGAAGAAGUUGGUCCAGACACUCGGCAAGACGUGCUAA